CCUCCUACAUCCCAGAAUAAAAACGGCAGACCCGAAGAGAAAGGCGGACAGUCUCUACGUUUUAUCGUGUUAUCAAGCUACAGAGGAUACAUCCCCUGUCUGUUUCGACUAGGCAAUUAGAAUAUAUAUGUUUCUAUUUCGUGGAAAGAACAGUUUUACCGAUUAAUUGAGGACAGGCCUGGUUUUCGAUAUUAAUUGAAUGCGGAACAAUGGCGAACCUACGGAGGUUUCCUUUCAACGUGUUUGCAUUCAUGCUUCUGAUAUGUGAACAGGGUCUAAUUUCCGGGCAAGUUCGGUACUCUAUUCCCGAGGAAAUGGAGCAAGGGGCAUUUGUUGGGAAUUUUGCUCAAGAUCUGGGCCUGAGUGUACGGCAAUUAUCAGCUCGCAAAUUUCGACUGAGCUCCGAUGACGGAGGGCGCUACAUGAAGGUUAGUUUGGACAAUGGAAUAUUAUCUAUUCGUGAAAGAAUUGAUAGGGAACGUAUCUGUAGGCAAGCGGAAAUGUGUACUCUGUCUUUUAAAACAACACUGGAAAAUCCCUUGAAGGUGUACCGCGGGGAAUUAGAGAUUCUUGAUGUCAAUGAUAAUUCCCCCACUUUCGGAGACGGCAGCAUCGCCUUACAGAUAUCGGAAGCCAGUACCCCCGGUGUACGUUUUCGUCUCGAGAGGGCGGAAGAUCCCGACAUUGGAAUCAAUACCGUCGCCGCCUACACGAUCAGUUUCACCGAGUAUUUUAGUAUAAAAACACGCAGAACCGAGAGCGAUGUUCUUAUACCAGAGUUGUUGUUAGAUAAAUUUUUGGACCGAGAGCAGCAAUCUUCUUUUCAGCUCUUGCUUACUGCGACAGACGGUGGGACUCCUCAGAGAACAGGGACAGCUCAGAUUAUCGUUACUGUUUUGGACUUCAAUGAUAAUGCGCCUGUGUUUGAUAAUGACAUCUAUCGGGUCAGCGUAAGUGAGGACGCGCCACAUGGUACCUUGGUGAUGAAGGUCAAAGCAAAUGAUUUGGACGAAGGGCCGAAUGCUGAGAUAACAUAUUCUUUUAGUGAUGUUGAUUUGCGAAAAGCGCGUAAUGUAUUCAGUUUACAUCGAGAUAGUGGGGAGGUUCGAGUCGAUAGGCCCUUGGAUUUUGAAGAAACAAACAGCUAUUCUCUUGAUGUUCAAGCUGUGGACCACGGUUCCCCCGCAAUGACAGGUCAUUCUAACGUGCUGAUCAAGGUAAUCGACGUGAACGAUAACGCACCCGAGAUUAAGGUGACAUCAACCUCCAACAAAAUCCCGGAAAAUGCUCCACCAGGAACAUUCAUAACGUUCAUCGAUGUUAUCGAUCGUGAUUCUGAAGAGAACGGUCAAGUCCGCUGCGAGUUACCCAAGAACGUUCCCUUUAGAUUACAAUCAGCAUCGAAACAUUAUACAUUGGUUACCAGUGAAACGUUGGACCGUGAAGUGAUUUCUCAGUUUAAAUUACUAAUUUCGGCAUGGGACUUGGGAUCGCCUUCACUGUCGUCAAAUAAAACCAUCCAUAUUGCAAUAACCGAUGUAAAUGAUAACGCCCCGCGGUUUUCUGAAUCAUCCUACAACGUAUAUGUGAUGGAGAAUAACGCUCCGGGUGCAUCCAUUUUCGCAGUAACAGCACUGGAUCCUGAUCAGGAGCAGAAUUCCUAUAUUUCUUACUCUAUUUUGGACAAUUACAUCCAAAACCUACCAGUGUCCACUUACCUGACUAUUAACUCAAUGAAUGGUACCAUUUAUCUGUUGCGUGGCGUUGACUAUGAGGAACUCAAGCAGUUCCAGAUCCUUGUACAAGCGCGUGACGCUGGGUUACCUCCGCUAAGCAGCAGCGCCACGGUGAAUGUGAUCAUCCUGGAUCAAAAUGACAACGCGCCGGUAAUUGUUUCACCUUCAGAACAAAGUGGAUCAGCAGCAGAGGAGGGCCUGCCCCUGUCAGCGGGUGAAGGGUACUUGGCCACCAAGAUAAUGGCAACUGAUGCAGAUUCUGGUCAGAAUGCUCGGAUCUUUUAUCAGAUGGUGAAAUCUACCGAUCCCACUUUGUUCACCGUUACGAAAAAUUCAGGUGAAAUCAGAACUGCGCGCCGUAUUUUGCAGACAGAUACUCCUGUACAUACUCUGGUCAUCCUGGUGAAGGACAAUGGGCAGCCAAGCCUGUCCAGUACAGUUACAAUGAACAUUAGAGUUUUGGAGAACAGUACUGAAGGAAUCACGGAAAGCAGCACCUUGGUGAAAAAUCCGGGAUAUUUCUCAGAUCCAAAUGUUUAUUUAGUCAUCAUUUUCAGUUGCACUUCCGUGGCCUUUCUUCUGAUAAUCGUUCUGUUGAUUGGGAUCAAGUGUAAACAGGACAGAAGUAUUAUCCAAGGAUAUAACACCCCCAGUUAUUGUUACAAUCGUGGAGAUGCGCAAGAUACGUAUAAAGGAAGACCUGCAUUGGAGGAAACUUUACGCUAUCCUGGGACUGGCCGGGUUGUCCGCGUGCAGGAACCGCAUCAAUACUCGGUCUGCCUGUCUCCAGAGUCAGCGAAAAGUGAUUUUAUCUUUCUACAGCCAUGCGGCGCUCCGCUGUCUCAGGCCGAAUGAUGCGUAACCAUAAAGAAAUUGCAUAUUAUUUGGGAUCAUUUUAAUCUCGGGGAAUGUGAAUCAUUUGCGAGUGCGAUAUUUAAGAAAAUAUUCAGUUUGUGCAUUUUUGCGCUUUUAAAGAAAACAUAAUGCAUUUGUUGUAUUGGCUAAAAAUAUUUAACUUUUAGCAAAUAAAUUCCCAUCUUCUGAGAGCGGAAUCUGUCAACU